AUGGUUGCUGGUCGACUUGGAAUCAAGCUCGCAGUAUGGAUGGCUGUCUUCACAGGAAUCACCACAGCAGUUCUUGGGCUGCGAAUGUGGGCUAUCAAAUUCAUACGACGAGGACUGCAGCUCAGUGACUAUCUUAUGAUAGUGGCAUACCUCAGCACCACGACCAUGGCUGCUGCAAAUUGGUGGACCGUCGCAAAUGGUUUGGGCAAGCACACUACCGAACUGACGAGUGAGGAGCUAGACGUGCAAUAUAAAGGAAUGGUUGUGGAUGAAGUUACUUGGCUUGUCGGGACUGUCUGCUGCAAAGGGUCUAUUCUCGCACUUUACAGAACUAUUUUCAACAGCUAUCGACCCAUGCGCAUGCUCGUGAACGUCGUCAGUGGACUAGUCGUUGCUUACUUCAUCGCUUUCCUUCCCGUUUUCCUCACCCAAUGUCAUCCUGUCUCCUAUGGGUGGAAUCCAGUGCCCGGUGGGGCGUGUCGCUCUUUGACUUAUCAAGAAAUUUCAUCUAUCAGUCUCAAUAUCUUCCUUGAUACUGUUAUUGCAGUAUUGCCAGCACCAGCUCUCUGGAAACUACACAUGCCGUUGCGCAAUAAGAUCACAAUAAGUGCUAUGUUUGGAAUGGGAUUAAUUGUCGUUGCGGUGAUGAUAAUGCGACUUAUAAUCACGCUUAGUCCAGCGACUAGUGCAGACUUCGUUCACAGUCUUUAUCAAAUUGGCCUUUUCAGCUUUCUCGAGCUCUGGCUGAGCAUUAUCAUUGCCAGCCUGCCUGUCUUAACCCCCCUUGUUCAGGCAUUAUAUUGA